AUGCAGGUGAAAGGUCAACUGUUAGACAAAAUGGACGUCAAUCAGGCUAAACAGGAGCAUCUCCUCGCACUAAAGGUGAUGCGUCUGACGAAACCCACACUGUUCACUAACAUGCCUGUGACGUGUGAAGACCGAGACCUUCCAGGUGAUCUGUUCGGUCGGCUCAUGAGGGAGGACCCAUCAACUAUAAAGGGGGCGGAGACUCUGAUGCUCGGGGAGAUGCUCACACUGCCACAGAAUUUUGGAAAUAUAUUCCUGGGUGAGACGUUCUCCAGUUAUAUCAGCGUUCACAACGACAGCACUCAGGUGGUGAAGGACAUUCUAGUGAAGGCCGACCUCCAGACCAGCUCUCAGAGAUUAAACCUUUCUGCGUCAAACUCCACUGUGUCUGAGCUCAAACCCGAGUGCUGCAUCGACGACGUCAUCCACCACGAGGUCAAAGAGAUCGGGACACACAUCCUGGUGUGUGCCGUCAGCUACACCACUCAGACCGGAGACAAACUGUACUUUAGGAAGUUUUUUAAGUUCCAGGUUCUCAAGCCUCUGGAUGUGAAAACCAAGUUCUACAAUGCGGAGAGUGACCUCAGUUCUGUGACUGACGAGGUUUUCCUGGAGGCUCAGAUCCAGAACAUCACCACCUCACCCAUGUUCAUGGAAAAAGUGUCUCUGGAACCUUCCAUGAUGUACAACGUCACCGAACUGAACGCAGUGUCCUCGGGAGAGGAGCGUGAGUCGACGUUUGGGAAGAUGUCGUACCUGCAGCCCAUGGACACGCGGCAGUACCUGUACUGUCUGAAACCCAAGCCGGAGUUCGCAGAGAAGGCGGGGGUCAUUAAAGGGGUCACUGUCAUCGGCAAACUGGACAUCGUAUGGAAGACCAACCUGGGCGAACGAGGACGCUUACAGACCAGCCAGCUGCAGAGAAUGGCUCCAGGUUAUGGAGAUGUUCGGCUCUCGCUGGAGCUCGUUCCAGACACCGUGAACAUCGAGGAGCCGUUCGACAUCAUCUGUAAAAUCACAAACUGCAGCGAGCGCACCAUGGACCUGCUCCUGGAGAUGUGUAACACUCGGUCAGUGCACUGGUGUGGAGUUUCAGGCAGGCAGCUGGGGAAACUGGGUCCCAGUGCGUCGCUGUCCAUCCCACUGCAGCUGCUGUGCUCUGUACAGGGACUGCAGAGUAUCUCGGGCCUGAGGCUCACAGACACCUUCCUGAAACGGACAUAUGAGUACGAUGACAUUGCACAGGUGUGUGUGGUGUGUCCUUACCUGAGCCCUGAGACCUGAGGCUCCUCCCACUUCCUGUAUGGGUAAUCUGCACCUCCAUGGACCAACCGCAUCACCACUUUUUACACGAUCAGCUGACGACCUUCUUUUAAAGUGUGUGCUUUUAAAGCUGUGUUCUGCUUUUAAGUGUGUGAAUAUUAAUAAAGAGUGAACUCCGAGCCAACAGCAGACUUCUGUACAGAGAAAUAACCCAUUCAUAUCCAGCUCAUCAAACGUUUAGGGACACACACACACACACACACACACCUGUACUGUUUCUGACAUUCCUCAACAGGGUGUGGUUUUUACUGAUCGUAAACACAGUCUCACCCGGUCGAGUCAGAUCAAAACUUCUGCCUAUAAACCACGGUGAUGUUCUACAAGAGUGAGGGGGAGAGAGAGAGAGAGAGAGAGAGAAGCAGAGCUUAUUUUUAAAUUAUUGUCAAUAGUCACCUGAUAUUGUUUUCCUCUUUGAUCGACUUUAAAGCAGCUGUUUGUAAUGUUUACUGCCCUCUGCUGCCUCUCAGGUGAACUGCAGCUGUUAUACAAAAAAACACUAAUGAGAUGCAUUCCAACUAGCCCCACCCCCUGUGUUCGAACUCCAUAUGCUACAACAAGAAUUGGGCGGGACUGAAUUCAUUUCAGGGCGGGAAAAAAUAUUAAUGGAAGUGUGGAAUGUAGGAACUAACCACGUGCGCUACAUGACAAUGAUGUCAGAGUUUGAGUUACUUGAAAUUCUGUUUCUGUCUAGAAAUUAUUUUAAUGUUCCACACUGCACCUUUAAUCCAGAAUACGAAAGUAAAAUUAAAAUUACAAGAUGAUGAGUGUAAAGCGUUCUGAAGCACUGUGUGUGUUCCCAAACUUUUGAUGAGCAGCAAAUUUCUGUGUUAAAGUGUAAAUACAUAAAACUUUCACAAGUAACAUGAGCUUCUGUAAAUCCAUAUAGAACAUGGCACAGGAUUAAUGAGGAAUAAUUAAUAAUGCAUAUUUAAUCACACUUUCAUUCGUUUGGUUGUUGGUGAAGAAAUGCACAAUAAAUUCAACAGUAAUUUCACAUCA